UAGUUGCCGUAAUAAGUUACAACAAAUACGGCAAGGAGCAACGGAAACAGUACAGUCUUAUAACCUACGAUUUAGACAACAACUCAAUGAAUUAAUUUACGCCGUUCAAAAUAAACACCAAAAUCCAAUUUCAAGAAGGAUAGCUAUAGAAGAAGAAGAAACAGAAGCUACUCGAACAUAUGUGCUCAAUCUCCGCAGGGACAUAGGCAUGCUCGUAAUACCAAGUAAACCGAAAUUAUUAAUAGAGGCACAAACAAUGGCAGCCGACAUGGAACUGUGGACUCGCGACGCGAAUCGUGCCAUGGAGCGUCGACAAGUGCCAUCCAGAAUUCCUCCACCUAAACAACAAGGGCAACGCCCAAAUACACCGAGUGAUCGACCAAACCAUUCGAUACCUUUGAAGUGUACAAAGUGCGGAAGAUUAGGACACACCAGUGACAAGUGCUACGCGCGAAAUUUUCAAGUGGCCAACCAGGGAAAAAUUCCACCACCAAGAGUGAACAACCUCAAUUCUCAAGAGAACAAAGUGACAGAAACAACAUCCGAAUCAACUGCACCACCGGAAAAUUACUACAAAUUUGCUGCAGAGUUCCAGGAAUGUCGAGAAUCGGAAGACUACUCGUGGACACAGGAGCAGGAAUCAACAUCCUCAAGCGAUCAGUAGCUGAAAGAAUAGAGCCGACAGAAAGCAAAACAUUCUUUAUGGAAAACUACUCCUCACACACUGUCUCCGGGAAAAACAACAAAACGAACACAAUAUCUAGACGGAAAACCUGUUCAAAUAUGCUACAUCAACACUGGUAAGCAAGACCAUCAGAUUACAAACGAAAUAGAACCAGAUGAUAAAAUCGAUCAAAUUAACAAAUUUGCAAAAAUUAUUAGAACUAAACAUAUUGAUCCAAGUUUACGAGACCCUUUAGAGAAAAUCCUUAUUAACUAUCUUGACGUUUUUAAUUUAGAAACUGACUUACUUCCUUGUACAUCCCUUACGGAACACGCUAUUACGUUAAAAUCCGAAAAACCUAUUAAUAUAAAAAGUUAUAGACCACCUGAAUGCCAUAAGCAAGAAAUCGAACGACAAAUUAAUGAUAUGCUAGUUAAAAAAAUCAUUGAACCAUCAGACUCUCCUUAUAACGCGCCGGUUUGGGUAGUCCCGAAGAAAUUGGAUGCUUCAGGUAAACGUAAAUGGAGGAUAGUAAUCGACUUCCGUAAACUCAAUGAAUUGACAGACCAAGACGCGUACCCAUUACCUAAUAUAGAUGAAAUUCUGGACCACCUAGGCAAAGCAAAAUUUUUUAGCGCGUUAGAUCUUUCUUCAGGAUUCCAUCAGAUCCCUAUGAACAACAAUUCUAAAAAGUAUACAGCUUUUUCUACACCACAAGGACAUUUCCAUUACAAUAGAAU